AUGCCGAGGCGACGGGUCGCACCGACGAUGGUGAUAUUCGUAACGGCCGCGCUGGCCGUUAUACUGGCCGGGGCAGCGGGCUGUCCGCUCGGUUGCACGUGCAAGUGGAAGGGCGGCAAGCAGACGGUCGAGUGCGUCAACCGAAGCCUGUCGGCUAUACCCAGUGGCAUGGACGCCGGCACACAGGUAUUGGACAUGUCCGGCAACCCGUUGGACACGCUCUCCUACGGCCGGUUCAUGAACGCCGGCCUGUCAAACCUGCAGAAGAUAUACAUGGCCCGGUGCCGGAUCACGUACGUCGACGACGCCGCGUUCCAUGGUCUAUCCAACCUGGUCGAGCUGGACCUGUCCGACAACGGGAUCGCCGACAUACCAACCAAGUCGUUCGACGACUAUCCGCAGCUGAUGAAACUGGUUUUGAGUGGUAACGUAGUCACUGUGAUAAGGACGGCAGCUUUCAGUCGUCUGAUCUUCCUGACGGUGCUAGACAUUAGCCGGUGCCGGCUGUCCACCAUCGAGCCGGGCGCGUUUGACAACCUGCGCAGCCUUGAGUGGCUCCGGCUCGAUAACAAUCUUAUCGCCCGAAUCGAGAGCACGGGUGGCGCGGUGUUACCGCUAUCACUGCACGGCAUCGAAAUGCACAACAACCCGUGGAAGUGUGACUGCCAUCUGAGGGACGUGCACAGGUGGCUCAACAACAACACCGCACCACACACCAUGGAACCGAAGUGCCACGAGCCGGACAGGUUGCAGGGCUCAACCAUCCGGAAACUGGCAACCGAGGACUUGGCGUGCUCACCAGUGGCCGCUACCAAACUGCCCUCUUCAAUCGAAACGGACGCCGGGAAGAACGUGACGCUCACCUGCGUAAUAAUUCCGGCCGGUGAAGCGCGCAUCUCGUGGUGGUUCGAGGGACAACCAAUGGCCAACGGUACGGGGAACGGAGCCGAACUCACCAUCGAUGACGUCGGUCCGGCAGACAAUGGUACGUACGUGUGCGUCGCCGAGAACCGUGCGGGCCGGGCCUCGUGCAAUUUCACCUUGCGCGUCGUCCAAGAGGUGUCCGAGGUGGCAGCAGGCUCGUAUCCGCCAGAUCGCCCGGCGCCCGCGUUCUUGGUCGGUGUACUGGCCGCCGGCGCGGUAUGCUUUGUGGUCGUGGCCGUCGUGUGCGCCGUCGGCUGUCGGCUGAUAGUGGUGAAGCGACGCCGGCGACGGUCCGACGAUCGCGGUCGAUCCGGCAAGUCAAACGGCACCGGUUCCGGUGGCAUAUCUGGCGACGAAACCGCCAACGGACAGGUGGCCAAACCGUCGUCGGACAUCAGACAAUCGGACUCUGUGAACCUGACUGUGUCGUCUACGGUGGACGGUAAGCUAUCGUCCGCCGAAGACGUGAGCGUGUACGGUGAAUACGACGGGUCUACCGUGGCGGCAGGCAACGCGCCUGGAGCGGCCGCGGCGUACGAAGUACACGAGGUCCUGCACGUAACCGGGGGCGGUUACGACGCGUAUCGCGCACACGCAGUGGCCGGACAUCCGUCCACCACCACUCUAGAAGCCAACCCGGAUCUGAUCAGUGACGCGUCCACCGUGGUCAGAGACAACAGUGGAGACUACCACGACGGCAUCGGCGAGGUGUACAAGAUUUCCGUGCCGCCUUUACCAGGCGGUCGAGAGUUUUGGACGAAUGCCGGAACGAUUGUAUAUCCGUCCGGUGGCGGUGGCGAUUCAUACGAGUUACAAUUGUCGCCGGGCAAACUCGCGGCCGGCGAACCAUACCCGGCCGAUUACGGUCUACCUAAAAUGCAGCAGUCGCUGAACCCCGCCGCGGUGCAGACAAUGGCUUACCCGCCCGAUUACGGACUGCCCAAAAUACAGAUGGCGCCCGUAUCGUACCCGGUGCCGCCUCCGACGUUGUACCAAACACUUCCUCACCGGCGGAACGCGGCCAAACCACAAGGCCGUUCGUGCCAAGAAGCCGAAUUCGUCUUGCUACAACAACAACACCACCCGCACCACCAUCAUCACCGUACCCACCAGCAACAGCAGCAGCAGUCACAUCAACAACAACAACAACAACAACACAACCAACACCAUUUGCACCAAAUGCGAUACGAACCGCAAAACGUCCGGUACAAUCAACAGGGAUACCCGUACCACGCGGCGGACGCUGGCGCGUACUACACGACGGCGUUUUACGAUCCGCCGGCGCCGUUAUUGUCGAACGCUUCCGCUCAAACGUUGGACGAGGAAUCCAUGAUGAUGAUGAUGAUGCCGCCGUCGUCCGCGGCGGCCGGAGCCACCGCGUCCGCGUUGUCCGCCGUCGGCAGGCAACAGCAGCAGCAGCAGCAGCAGCACCAGCACCAAUUACCCGCCGAACAGCAACAGCUGCACAAAGCCGUCACGUCGGUGCAAAAGCAACCGGCCAACACGGAGAGUCCGGACGAGGGAUACGUGGGCGAAGGUCCCGACUCGUAAGCCGCCGACCGCCGUUUCAAGUGUCACGCGUCCGUUACCGGGGCGCAGCGGCGCGACUUCAAAAACGCGUCACUGUGUUAAAAUUUUGUUGUAUCAUAUUAUUAUUAUUGCAUUGUAAGAAAACCUAUGUAAAAACCGGGGAGACAAAAGUCGCUGUGCCGCGGUCUACCGCCCGAAACGACCGUUAUUACGGUUAUUACCGUUAAUACGGUCGGGACUGUAAUUGGAUAUAAUGACGUGCCCGUGUUUCACGCGCGCAAUGUCGCGGCCCGAAAAAAAAAUGAACCGUGGUGUGCAAUUGAAAAAAAAUCCUCGAAAGUCCUCCCGUAAAAGGUAUCGCCCGACGCGGGCGGUCCGCGUGGACUUCCGGCGACCGUUAACGGUGUAAACGCCUGCGUCCGGGGACCGUUAUUGAUUUAUAAAAAAAAAAAAAACAUUGUGCUUUCAGUAUUUAGGUACGGACAAGUCGUUUACCGCCCCCACAACGGACGUCCGUGUAUCGUGUUGUACUGUUAUGCUGUUAUCUAUCAUGCGAAUCUAUCUGCACUCACCGUAUAGACCGAGAAGGGGGAAGGUUCCCCGUCUAAUUAAAAACAAACAUAAAAGUUUUUUUUUCCUCCAAAUAAAACUCCGUGAAAUAAUAGGACAUUAACGUUACGGAUACGUAUUAUAUUCUGUAAUAAUAUUGUAAUAUAAUUUUGUGCGGAACGCUGUCCCACCUGUUGCAAAAAAAAAAUUGUGUUCGUUUAAACUUUCGUGAUUUACGUGCAAAAAUGUCAGUUUUGUGUUGUUUUAACGACACAUUAAACAUGUUUUUUUUUUCUUCGCGCGAUAAUAUUGUAAAGAAUCCGAGACUCUUUGUACAGAGAUUUAUAUAGUUUUGUUUUUAUUCAUUUAAAGAAAAGAUUUCUAACGUCGUGUCAUUAUUUUCAAAUUUAAUUUAAUUCCACUCGGACGAUUGAAUUAAUUAAGUAUACUGAAUUUCGCGCCACGUAUAUUAUUAUUAGCACCGGAAGCAUUUAAAACUUUAUUAACUAUUACUUUCUAUUUCGCAAAAUAAAAAUAUCACGAAACAAACAAUUUGUUUACAAAGUGUACGAAAAUCCGUCAAUUAUUGUACCUUCGUUCAUAAAAAUAAAAAUAAAAACAUAUAGAAAAACGAAAUUCUUUGAAACGUAUAAUAUAUAAUAUAGGUAAUAUUUAACCGUAGACCGCGGUGGGUGAAAGAGUGCGGCUGAAGGUCUAUUGAAAAAUCGUGUUUUUACUCUACAUACGUUCGAGUAGCGGAAUGCAUAUUUUUUACGAUCCUAUUACUUUUGAUUAACAUUUGACGUAUAAUGUAUACAACCAUGUUUUAUGCGACUCGUUUUGUUCAACGAUGAUAUUCUUCUGGUGGAAAAAAAAUAAAAAUAAAUUGACUUAAAAUUAGUGUAUCUAUUUUGUAAACUGUACUACAGGGUACACAGUUAAACUGACGAUUUUUAAUACGACUGUGGAAAAUCAACAAGCACAAUGUAUCAAUGGUAAUAUAUCUCCGCAAGACGACGUCCGUCUUGAAACGAGCAUUCGUCAAGGCUGAGGGAUUUUCGCUACAGAGUUACAGUCUCGUAUUCUAUGUCAAGUGUCCUCGUCAUUCCCUGGUAUACUUUACUCUUAAUAAUAUACUGCCACAAAAAAAAAAUCACAAGUCAAGUUAGCUACCUGGGGGGGAAGAGGGAUUCGUGGUCCCACGUGAAAUAUCCCAGUUUUGAUAAAUCAAUCGUUUCGGAAACAAAAAGCUUAUCUUAGGACUUAUAUGUGGACGCACGAUGUUACGUGAGCCAACGGUCAAUGAUAUCACCUCGGUCUUAGAAUUCGAGAUCGGGAAACUGGCUAUUUCUUCUGCGUUCAUUUUGCGGUCGCUUAGACAUGCAGUUUUAGUUCACACGUUCUUUUCUACAACCUCGGUGAGCGUUUAAAAACCGAAUUUCAUUGGAAUGUCUAAAACUCACGGUUCAAUUUUUUAUAAUUUUAAUGAUUUUUAUCUGUAAAUAAAUAACAUCAAAUUAUUAUCAUUUAUUUGAAUGAAUUAUUAUAAUUGUGAUUUUAAAACCUAACCUCGAUAUGCUAUUAUAAGUUACGCUCGUCGCACUCUUGAAAUAACGGAUGAAAUGGGUACUAAAACUGUCUCUCGCUCUCUAAACGACUAAAUAGCUUGGUAUCCCGCCUUAACUGCUAAGAUCGUAUUUACAGUGCUGCCAACGGUUAUUUUUAAAUCGUCUGCUUCACUGGCCCACCCUGGAUUAUAAAAUAUACUAAACAAACUAACGUGAUACGUGAAAUAUAUCGAAACAUGACGUUGUAAUUUAUUCAAAUAUAAUAUGUACAUAAUAUAAUGAAAAUAAAAAAUAAAAAUAUUAAAAAAAAAAAAUAAUAAAUAAAUAUUUCGUAAUAUUAUUAUAUCAAAUAACUUUCGUAUAAUACUGUAGGUAGGUACCGAUAAUUUCUCGGAACGGUCGAUUUAAAAAGAACGUACAUUUAUUUAAUAUUAUUAACAUUUCACGAGAAAUAGUUUUAAAUAAAAAAAAAAAAAACUCCGAAUAAUAUGUCUGCUGUUGGGGCUCGGUGCGAAAGGAGGCGGAGGUGAGGCGUACGUUUCGAAACAUUUAAGAGAUAUUUUCUUUUAAUGUUCGCGAACGCGUGCGAGCAGCCGAACUUUUGCAGCCGGGGUCUCUCGUUUUUUUUUUUUAUGAUUUUUUUUUCUGGGCAGAACCAACCGAAGAUUUAUAAUAUUUUUCCGGGCCAUUUGGUCCCGGCAUAACACGCUACUCUAUAACAGUAGUUAUAGUAGAUAGUAUAGCCGUAUACACGUACAUAUAUAUAUAUAUAGGAUUGAUGUAACAAUAAAACGCUUAGUUGUCCAGAAAAAUAAAAAAAAAAAACAAAAACUAUACCGAACGGUACAAAAUAAAAAAUAAAAAAAAAAUGGUGCCCGACACUGCAUUCCACACGCCGCGUUUCACUCCUGCACCGGGGCCACUAUUAUGGACGCGCAUUCCGACCGAGGAAAUUUAAUUUCACCGAAACACAGUUUGUGUUGAUUGUACAUAAAAAAAAAAAUAAUAAUAAUAAUAAUAAUAUAACCUAACUGGCGGAUACCUACGCGAUUUCGCGAUAACGUUUUAUAGAAACAACGAGACGCCAUCACUAUUAUUAUACGCCCCGUGUAUAAUUCGGUUUCCCCGCGAACGCGCUAUAAUCGCGCCGUCCCUCCUUUUUCGUGACCGUUCGACCGUUAUUUUUAGCGAGUUUUAAAAACAUACAUAACUAAUAAUGAAAAAAUAUCCCCAACUUAACUCACUCAUUAUUUUUUUGUUCACGAUAAAAUACAGUCCAGAGCAUAUUUUAACGCAUUACACGACACUGUAAUAUAGUAGAAGGGUUAGGUCACUACACACCUACUAUAAUGCGCGACAAGAAAUUUAUCCUCACACCGGAUUUCGGGAAAAACGUCCAGUCUACAACUAAAAUUAUAAGCUUUGAGUUGAUUCCAUAAUUGUCAUGUUUUUUAAUUAGAACGUUAUUGGGAGAACUUCUUUUGAAUUUUGGCUCUUGAUGGACAGUGUUUAAGAUAUUUACUAUUCUAAAAAAAUAAAUGUUACCCGUUGCACCUACUGCAGGUUGUGGGUAAACAGUAGGGGAUUCAUGAGGGCUAAGGGACCAUACGAGUGUUAACCUUGACCCAAAUCACCGAUAUAUUUCCAAUAAAAUGUCGUCUUAAAAAACAGACGUCUAUUUAAAAUACAUAUUAUUUUUCAGCGCCCAUCGUCAGAAAAAUUUUGAAAAUUCUCCACUGUAUUAAAUCCCUUAAAACUUAUUCGGAUCAAUAUAUUUAGUUUUUAGUAGAUAACAGAUAAAUACGCGUGUAUUUUAAAAUAUUGAAAUUUUUAACAGUUUUCAAUUGUGAAAUAAAAACUAUACUGUGUUUAGUUUUUUUGCAAAUAACGUCAUGUUAUAUCGUAUUCAUUUGAAUAGGUUUAUUUAUAAUUUCCGAUUUGUUCGUUGUCCGCUGAAAUGUUCACACAAAUCAAUGUGUACAAAGAAGAAACAUUCUCCAAUAAUAUUAAAUACCUACGCUGUUAGUGUUGACAUUUUAAAACUAUGCUCUGAAAUAAAAUCGGCGCGUGUAAAUAUCGAUGCGCGAACUGCAAUAGUAUUUUGUUGACUCCUACCCAAAUACCUACCUAAAGUUUGAAAAUUAUUCUUACCUACCUAUUAUUAUUUUAAUCCGACAAUUAUUGCGUAUCGUUAAACGUAACGAAAAAAAAAAAAAGAAAUAUCAAUAAUCGUGUAUUACACGCGUACAUAAUUAUAAACUACAUGAUGUAAUUAUUUGGUCCCGGGGAAAAAGGGCCAAGUCGAUGAUUUUCGGCAUUGUUAUUUUCGACAAUUUUCACCCAAUCGUAAUCCGGUUUUUCGCAUAAAUGGCGUACGCGCGCGCACGUAUAUUUUAAUAACGCGAGAUGGUACAACGUCAACGAAAAUAUCUUGGGCCACUUUGAUGUUUUUUUCAAUUGGGGGGGGGGAGAAAGGCAUUUAAAUACGUAAAAUAUCACGACAUUACGAUGCGAGAGCUAUUUAAAACGCCGUGUUAGGCCAUUUAACAAUAAUAUUGUGCCAUUAUGUCGUUGGGCGGUUUUCAUAAUGUAAACCGCGUGUAUUGAAAACUGUACCGUAAAAUUUACUUCGGCCAUUCUUCUCCGGGACCAAAGUCAUAUACAAUUGUAUAAUGUAUAAAUAAUUUAUUGUUAAGCUAUAUAUCAUUGUUGUAUAAUAUUAUUUGUUCACGUGUAUGUUAUAAUAUUAUGAUUGUAGAAAUACGUUGCCAUUUGAUGUUUAUGUUCGUGUUGUUAAAUAAUAUAAUAUUGUAUUGUAAAUUAUACUCUAUUGAAAUAAUAUUUUAUAAAUAAAUAAAUAUAUAUAUAUAUAUAUAUAGGUUCCCGUAUUAUAAUAUAUUAUUAGUUUCGACGACGAAAUUUAUGAAAUUUAGCGUUUUAUACCACAGAAAAAAAAAACCGAGAUGAUAUUAUUACCUAUAUUAUUAUACUAUAAUAUUAUGUAUUAUGUGUACAUUAUAUUAUUAUAAAUAUAUAUUAUUUUAUUGUCGCU